AUGAUAGCUUAUCGUAAUGGAAUCUAUUAGGGAUCUUUGGAAAAUGGGGUUAAGGAGGGGAUUGGAAUAUUUUGGUGGGCUCAAGGUGCCAUAUAUAUAGGGGAGUGGCACAAAGAUAUGAUUCAUGGGGAAGGAAUUAUAAUGAUUAAUGAUAAUGUUAUUAGGGCCUAGUUUAAGAAUAACAAAUUUCAUGGCUUAUGUGUUAACUAUACUUAGAGUGAAUUCUAUAGAUUUGAAUACGGGUAAUUGAAUGGGAAAUGUUUGAAAGGAUAAACAGUUUCUGUGUAUAGAAGAGGUGAAUUGAUUUGCAUUGAGAAUAACUUGGAUUCCGUCGAUCUCUUAUUAGAUGAAUACUAAAACAGGUUGCUGGAUUUAGAGGAGAUUUUGGAUAGGAAUUAGUGUUCUUCAAUAGGUAUAACAGAGACUCAUUUGGGUAAGAUGAAAAGAGGGAAACCAUAUGGAUUGGGAAUAGAAAAAAUGUUUACUUCCGAUAAGAGGAUAGGGAUUUUCCAUGAUUAAUAAAUUUCAAAUAUUGGAUAAAUAUGGAAAAAUGGAGACAUUUAUACAGGAAGUUUUGUGGAGAACAAAUUUCAUGGAAUAGGAACCUAUUUUAUAUCUAAUGAACUUAAGAUGAUUUAAGGUAUAUUUGACAGAGGGAAGUGUAUAGAGAUUGUAAAAACAUAAUAUGGAGAUUUGGAAGUCUACAAAUUGCUGGCUGAAUAGACUUUUUAGGCUAUAUAAUAAAAUGCUAUUCAAGCCAGAGUAACUCUUCCUUAUCUUCAAUUUUGUUAAUUUGAAAUUCUAUUCACUUAAACCUUAAACAGUAUUUCAUAGAUUCCCACAUAGUCAUAGGAGAAAGAUCAAACACUAUUAGAAGUUGAUUUAGACAUUUAAAAAGAAUUAGAGAAGAUAUCCAAUGAUUAAUAAACAAUUGAAGCAAAAAAGGCUCUUUAUGAGAUAGUUAAUAAAAAUUAUACUAAAGAGAAGUGUGUACCAAUCCUAUAACUAGAAUAACUGUAAACAUUUCCCAAUAAUCCAUCUGAUCCAUAUGUUUAUGAUGAUGAGGAUGUAGAAAACUUACAAGCAAGUUAAUAAAGUAACAAGAUUUCAGGGCAUUCUUAAAAAACUGAAUUCUAUCAUGUCUCUGAUUCCAAAUAGAACUCUGAACAUUAAUGCAAACGAUUACCCCUUUAGGUUUUGAAGGAUCAAGAAACUAAUAAUAGAAACAAUUAAGCACCAAAAUCAGUAAGAAUGCAGCCGAUUAGUGCAAGGUCUGAUCCUUACUCUAUGGUUCUAAGUAGUACUAGAAGAACUCUUUAUAACCAAUGA